AUGACAGUUACAGAGGAAGUGCCCGAGGCCACAGCCCUCGACUGCGCGAUCAAUGAUGCGUCCGACCAGACGGUACGCGCGGUUCUCAAAACCAUCUGCGCGAAAAAUGACGAGGCGCGCAAAGAAGCCGAGAGUCAGCUGCUGGUGAUAGCCACCGAUACCAAAGAGAACUCCGACAACAGUAAGAGACUUGUUUCACGCUACACGUUUUGCAUCAAUUGCGAGAAGGAAUUUGAUGUCACUACCAAUACGGAGAAAGCCUGUCGAUAUCAUCCCAAGGAAAAUGAGCCUACAGGCGAAGAGCUCUAUGUCGACAAUUGGGAGUUUGAAGUGGACAACGAUGAAAUGCGCGAGGAUUUUCCACACUGCUUUACGUUUAAGUGCUGUGGUGAAACCCUCAAAGAUAACCCCCAUGGAUGCGAGACCGACUUCCAUCGAGAGCAGUAUCCCGACGGGAAACCAUCGAAAAGAUCGAGAGUGCUUUGA